CAUGACAGGGUUACUCCCGACCACAUGGUGUGGAUUGUAUAUAGGGUGAGCCUCGCCAAAACUUCAUCGCCACCCUGGUUCCAGGGCUGUCGAUAACACCAGUUGCAAAGGUUUCCACUAUGGCUCUGUACCGCAGUCUUUUCCUUCUUGCCAUUGUUGGCCUGAGCAAUGCUGCUCCCUCUAAGGUGCAACACCGCCCAGAUGCCGCGCUUCACCCUCGUGCUGUCUGUACCCCAACCGCCGGCGGGGAUUCGUCAACGGACGAUGUGCCCGCCAUCACCGAGGCCCUCGCCUCGUGUGGAAAUGGGGGCACGAUCGUCUUUCCCGAGGGCAGCACGUACUACCUCAACAGUGUUCUGGACUUGGGCAGUUGCAGUAACUGCGACAUCCAAGUGGAGGGACUGUUGAAAUUCGCCAGCGACACCGACUACUGGAGCGGCCGGACCGCCAUGAUCAGUGUCUCCAAGGUGGACGGGAUGAAGCUGCGAUCGCUGACAGGCUCUGGCGUCAUUGAUGGAAACGGCCAGGAUGCAUAUGACCUCUUUGCGCAGGACACCAGCUACAAGCGCCCCACCCUCCUGUACAUUACGGGGGGCAGCAACAUUGAAGUCUCUGGGCUGCGCCAGAAGAACCCGCCCAACGUAUUCAACUCCGUCAAGGGGGCCGCCACCAAUAUCGUCUUCUCGAACCUGCGCAUGGACGCGACCUCCAAGUCGGAUAACCCGGCCAAGAACACGGACGGCUUCGACAUCGGCGAGAGUACCUAUGUUACCAUCACCGAAGUCACCGUCGUCAACGAUGAUGACUGCGUGGCCUUGAAGCCCAGCUCCAACUAUGUGACCGUGGACACGAUCAGCUGCACAGGCUCCCAUGGUAUCUCCGUGGGGUCUCUGGGCAAGUCGAGCGACGACUCGGUCAAGAACAUCUAUGUCACCGGAGCGACCAUGAUCAACUCCACCAAGGCGGCCGGCAUCAAGACUUAUCCGAGUGGGGGCGAUCAUGGUGUGUCCACGGUCAGCAACGUGACGUUCAAUGACUUCACCGUGAAAAACUCCGACUAUGCCUUCCAGAUCCAGAGCUGCUAUGGCGAGGAUGACGACUACUGCGAAGAGUACCCCGGCAACGCGAAGCUGACGGACAUUGUCGUGUCGGGCUUUAGUGGUACGACUAGUGACAAGUAUGACCCGGUCGUGGCCAACAUCGACUGCGGCGCGGAUGGGACGUGUGGCAUCACCAUCAGUGGAUUCGAGGUCAAGGCCCCCUCAGGAGAUGCGGAAGUGCUGUGCGCUAACACCCCGUCGGACCUGGGGGUGACUUGCACAUCGGGGGCCUCGGGCUAGAGGCCUCGGCCGGAAGAGGAUCCUGGUGUCUAUGUGCUGCCGAUCGUUGUCAUUAAUGUUAAUUAAUCUGGGUCAUGAGGCCCACGUCAUGGCAAAGUAGUGUAAACAGUCAAUGGACACAUCAUGUCAAAAUCAGCAGAACACACCCAUAUCUUGCGCCUUUUUGAUUGGCCAUGAAUAGCUAGUAGCCUUUUCAUCAAUAGUGACAACCCUCAACAGACGGGCAGAGGUACUCUUGAGCAUGCAUCAGCGGGGUAAAUACCUCUGCAGAAUUUUCAACAUGUGGCACCACUGCUGGUAUGUCGGCGAUCGCAACCUUGUCUAGGGUAUUCUCCGUUUCCCCGCAAGGAG